AUGGCGGUCGACGAGGUCGUGACCGACCCGAAUCUGCUGACCGUGCUCGAUGCCUCGCGCGAUACUCGAGUGCAGGCGUUGAGCCUGGUCGACCAGCUCGCGGCGGCCGGGCCGGCCGAGAGCGCGUCGGCGGAGGCGCAGCUGGAGACGUCGAAGCAGCAGAAGCUCCUCAUAACCAACCUCGCUCAGCUCCGCGGCCUCCACCGCGCCGCCUACUUCGGCGCCCGCCAGACGAAGGCCCAGACGUCCGAGGCGCGCCAGGAGGUCGACCGCCUACACCUGCAGCUACAGAACCUAUAUUACGAGCAGCGGCACCUGCAGGGCGAGAUCAAGGCCUGCGAGUCAUACGACCACACCUACCAGCAACUACCCCUGAUCCCCGUCGAGGACUUUCUCGCGCAGCGACCGGAGCAUGCCAACGACGAUGAGAACACCCUGAUGGUGGCGCGGAUCGAGCACGAGCGCAGCGAGCGCGAGUCGCUAGAGCAGAAGCGUAUGGAGCUACUCAAGCGCAAGCAAAAGCUCAUCGCGGACAACAAGAAGAGGAAGGAUGACCUUGCGAACCUCGACAAGGAGCUCGAAAAGUUCAUCGACGCCGCGAAACCGAUCCAGAAGCUCUUCGACAAGAAUGUCUAG